UUGUACAGUCCUGCUAUUACUAAUGCGUGCGAUCGAUAUAGAUGCGGAUGUGCCGGCAGGCGACCAUGAAAAUUGCUUCAGUAUUACGUCUUACAGUCGUCUUCUGGCACCAUUCAAACAUGGUGUAACAUCGUUUUACAUUUUGAUGGUAUGAUUCGCCCAACAUCGCCGUGAAUUGGUUUUGGGGAACGGGAAAGGCCACCCAGAGUUAGCCUUAGCGGCCGGCUAGAGAGCCCGGAGCAUAGGGCCUACACAUAUGUAGGGUUGGCCUAUCGUACCGUGCGUGUGGCCGAAGCUUGAGCUGAGGGUUCUGGCACCCGCAGAGCGCUGAUCGGGUGGACCCAUGGGCCCAAGAACGCGAAAAUUCUGGCUUGUCUUCUGCUCCGUUUUUGCCACGUUUUCCAUUUUCGCUGUGUUCAACCGCACAGACAAUGACAUGUAUGAGUACACUGCCAAGCUUCAGGAGAUGCAGGUCCGUCUACGUAACACAGAGCUGCAGAGUGACACCCGCAAAGCUGAAGUCAGGCAUCUCCAGAGGGAGAUCCAACAGUUGAAAGAGGAUGUCACACGACGGAACAUCUCCAGCAAGCUGAUGGAGUCUGAGGCCAGCCAUGACACAUUAGCAAACUUACGGUUGCAGCUUAUGCAAGGGCGCAAUGAUGGCAACUUCAGCAUGAUGCACUUGCCCACCAUCCUUCAGUACAUGCCUCAUCUAAUCGGUAAACCAGCCAGCCUCCAACCUGCAUUUCAGCUAUCCAAGGGCGUCACACAAGUUUCCAUAGUGAUCGGUGUGCCAACCAUCAAGCGAGAUGUGGAGAACUAUUUAAUGGAGACGCUGUCUUCGCUGGUUGCCGGCUUGUCUCCGGAGGAAAAGUUGGAUUGCUUAAUUGUAGUCCUCAUUGCAGAGGUGGAUCUUGAAUACGUUCAAAAAGAAGCCUCUAUGAUAAAAAGCAAUUUCCAACCGGAGCUGGAUUCGGGACUUCUAGAGGUCAUCUCCCCCCAAUCAGGUUACUACCCUGACCUGAACACGCUCCGAGAAACCUUCGGGGAUACCCAGGAAAGGGUGAAAUGGAGAACAAAGCAGAAUUUAGACUUUUCAUACCUCAUGAUGUAUGCCCAGUCAAGAGGAAAAUAUUACGUUCAGCUUGAGGACGAUUUGGUAGCACAGCCUGGUUACUUUACAACGAUGAAGACAUUUGCCAUGCAGCAACAGAACAAGAACUGGCUACUGCUUGAAUUCUCUGCUCUGGGCUUUAUUGGUAAGAUGUUCAAGACCCGUGACCUGAAUAUGGUUGUUGAGUUCUUCCUGAUGUUCCACCAGGACAAGCCCAUCGAUUGGCUACUGGACCACAUCCUCUACGUCAAAGUGUGCAACCCAGAGAAGGACUCCAAACACUGCAGUAGAGAGAAGGCUGCUUACCGGAUCCGUUACAAGCCCUCUCAGUUCCAGCACAUAGGACUGCAUUCAUCUCUCAAGGGAAAAGUUCAGAAGCUGAAGGACAAGGACUUUAAAAAGGGUUUCAAGCGCCAGUUUGCCCACAUCAACCCCAAUGCUGAAGUUUCUUCAACCAUUAACCACUACAUGAAGUACACCUUACUCAAAGCCUACCAAGGGGAGGACAUAUUCUGGGGCACCACGCCCUCGGCUGGUGACUUCGUAAAAUUCAAGUUCAUUCCUCCAAUCACUAUAAAAGAAUUCCAAUUUGUUAGUAGCAACGAGCAGAACCCAGGUGACAAGUUGUACAACACAAUUGUGGAGGUACUGCCAAGCUAUCAGCACGAGAAGAAGGAAGGUAUUCUGGAGGCUGGGGACCACCAAGAUGGCAAGAUGAACAGGACGGAAGAUGGAUUCAUUCAAGUUGGUAAAUUUGAGGACGGCAGAGCCACUGGAGGAGUGGAUUCUGACAUUGGCGAAGUGGAGGAGAUGAGACUACGCGUACUGGAAGACCUGAAGAACUGGGUCAUACUGUCCAAUAUUCACAUUGUGCCUGCAAUGCAGAAGAGGUGACCAUAGUGGCCUUUCUGACAAGGAGUAUCGUCUUGCUCCACCCUCCUCUCUCCUGUGCUCCCCAGCUGUAAUUUCCAACACAAAUAUUUCCCACCAUAGCUUUCCUUCGCCAUCUCUUAUCUAUGGCAGAGUAUUUAAUUCCAUUUUUUUCUUUGGACAGCCCUCCAAAUGAUAAUUUUCAACAACUCUAUCUUUUGAAGACGAAAUAUCCUGGAAAGUGGUGCAAUGGUUGGCUUGACAGAAAGUUGACCCCCCCCAAAAAUGCAUUUCCUGAAAGUGUCUGUCAUUGCUGACAGAUUUUUUCUUUUUUAAUCUCUAAAACACAUUUCCCAGUCGACUUGUUCGGUGUCUUCUUUGCUUGUGACCUGCAGCACUGCCCAUGAACAGUUGAGCGUGCUGAAUGACACUGUCUAUUGACUCUGGACACUGAAUGAUGGUCAGCCCACUUGGGCACAAGUUUUUCCCCACCAACCAGAGUUUCUUCUGAGAGAAGACAAACUCUGCUUCCCCAUCAGUAUGCUUACUCUUUAAAUGAAGAGAAUCCUAGAAGACUGUUCUUGGUGUAUAAUAAUAAUUUAGUAUUGCAGUCUAUGCAAUGUAGAUCAGAUUCCGUUCGGAACGUCAUUCUUUGCAAAUGAUUUCAAUCCCUGUGUUUAUGAUGUGUCUUAUUUUUGAAAUUUUCCUUUUUUUUCCCCUCCGUUACCGCUUUACUACUGUACAGCAUGUGGUUUUUAAAUGCACACGUGCCAUUGUCCGUUUUUUAUCUUGUAAGUAAUUUUGUUUGUUGGAGGGUGCAUUGAUGUGAUCAAUUUUAGCUGAGUGCUAAGUCCUCUGAAGUCUGAGGGAGUGCACUUAAUUAAAAAAACACAUAAAAAGGGGUCUGAAAGAAGAGAGAGGUUAAAUUGGCUUUGUUUGCCGGUAAGGCACCUCAUGCUGUGAGCAGAGCUCAGCAGAUCUUAAUUAACAUGCAUUUGCUGGUCCUGUUUACAUUUUAGACAUUUCUUUUGCCUUGGAUUUUCGCACUUUGUGACAAAGUCCAGUAACGUCUUGGCACUUUGAAGCUCUUGGCCCAGCCCUUGAUCAUGUUGCAUACUGCCUGACAAAUAUCUGUAAGAUAACAUUGAUUCUGACUUCUGUGGACCUACCAAUCUAAGAACUAAGGUACAUACUGUACUAUUCACUCACAGGAUUUCUCACACAUUUUAUCUUUUUACAUUGAAAAGAAAAAUUGUACAUUUUAUGAUCUACAUGUAAUGAUCUACAUGUACACUUUUCCAAAGUAUUAAAUUAUUGUAAUAUCUGUGUAAAUAUGACAUAUAGAACGAAUGUUGAUUUUAUCCGUGUUGGUGAUUUUAUGGAACAUGAAUUUGUGUAGUUAUCUUUCGACUGAUGUGUGCUGUUGAAAUAUUUUCUCCCUUGAGCCAAUUCAGGAAAUAAUUUUUGUUGAUUGCUUUGAGUUGUUGAUAUUGUGCUGUGACGGACACUGCACACCCGUUUGUUUUAGUGCAAAACAGAAAGUGCACAUGAAAAAAGCGUCCAGCAGACUUGAUAAUCAGUAAGGCUUUGUUUUCAGGAGCUCCUGCUUUGCACUUAAUAUUUUUGCCACAUUCUGACGAAGGAUGCUUAGAAGGAAUCAAUUCUGCGAACCGAAAGAUUGAAUGUAAGAGAGAAUUUAGAACGCACUGUCAAAAAUACGGAUGCACCAGGAAGGAAGUGUUACCUCUUUAACAAAUACAUGAAUGCAACUAGCAUUGAUUCUUCUCUGGCUUUGCAUACCUUGGAUAGCAAAUGGACAAGUCAGCCUUGUUGAUUUGCUCAAGUUUGCUGGAUGAUAGGCGUAAACCUUUAAAUUGGAAAGAGUUUUAAUUUUUAAAUUAAAAUGUAUUGUUUCCAUUUGGAUGUUUAAAAUGUUUUAGUUUUAUUGCCAAUGAAAUAUGUAUCUAUUGGACAAAAAGUGAUCUUUGAAAUUUUAGAAUGCUCUGUGUGCUAUUUAAUGAUUACAUUUUAUGAAAUUGAUUUCAGAUGAAACACGUUUGUUUUGCUUCUUUUUCUGUGAAAGAUGUGUUUAUAGUGGUAUUUGCAUUGUAAUAACGUUUUAGUUGAUAUAUUGAAUAUAUGAGAGAAAUAUAAAUCCCACAAACUCUGUCA